AUGAUGAUGCAGUCUCUCCUUUUCUGGAGUCUGCUAUUACGGGGCCAACAAGCGAGAUCUCAAGAGCAAAUGCCUAUAGGAAUUGACCAACCAGGUUCUGCCGACGAUGAAACUGACUGUAAAUACAACUUCCCCUCGCCAGCACCGCACAUAUUUUCUUCAGUAAACGGAUUGCUUCAACAAUGGGCUAAUACGUUCUUCCCAAUUGGGCAUGGUAUCGUGCCUUGUCAUAUAUCGCCUUUUACGAAUCUGUAUCAUGGCAGACAAGACGGUAAUAUGCCGGAGAGUCCAGAAUGGGUUGCUUUUGACAUAGAAAUGCCCUACGGUAUCAUGGGCUCCGAACGGAACUCCCACAUCUUAACAUACCAGACAACAAAACAAAUAGGCUGUCUUUACUUUGACGGCGAGUCUGCCACCUUGUUUGGUUCAGGGAUGAUGGAUACUCAGAUGCUAUUUAUUUAUGGGAAUGUAACCGGGCCGCGCGUUGACGAUGGUCAUGGCUUGAGGGGUCUUGAAGAUGAGUACAAUCGCGCAUCUGGAUUAUGCAAAUGGGUCCAAGACAAAGGGCUCGGUGGACUUGGAUGGGGCAUGGAGGGUAUUGUGAGGAUGAAUGCAGGGUUUGAGAUGAUUUGGUGCAACUUUACGAGUCUGUCGCUUCGAUUGUUGACCAAGACGAAUGUUACGGCGCCGCUGUUGCGGGAGAUUGGUAAAGAUUCCGCUUUGGAAGAUAGGGAACGGAAGGCAGGAACGGCGGAAAUUGGCAAGGCAUUGAUUCCGGAAUAUACCAGCACGUCUCCUGGCUAUUAUCCGUUGCCAACGGACACCUCCCCACCCGGUCAUUCUAAAGAUCCAGAACAACCUCCCAUGCCGCCAAGCUGGAGACUACGUGGCCAGGAACCAUUCCUUGAGAGUCAGACAUGGGGUUGGUUUGAGAGUGCAACCUGGCACUACGGUUCGACCGGCAUGGGUGCUGGACGAGGAGAAUCACGUGUCAAGCCCCUUACUUGUGGAUUUUUGACCUUUUACAAUCCUAUAUAUCAUGAACAACAAAUAGGUUGUGCAAACGCAGAGCGUAAAAGGUUAAAUCUUACGAUGGAUGGGCAUUGGACGGGCUCGGGCACGCAAGAAGACAGAAAGGCUGCGUUAGAACAGUUAACCAGACGCAAGCGACAUCAUUCAUUACGCAACAUUACUGUAGCUGAUGCGCAUAUGAUGAAUGACGCUGCAGAGCGAGUGCUAAAAAGCUUGGACUUUAACAACUCGGAUAGACUACGGUCCAGUUACGCCACAAACAACAACUGCACAGGAAUCGACUGGACGGGAAGUAUUGACACGGAAAACUCGACAGCCGUUAGAACGUGGUUUAUGGCCCUGAGACAACAUACCCAUUUCUUAUUGAUGCCUCAUUUUGAGUACCCUCCAGAGUCCGCUGAUCAUCACGAAAUGUCGACGUUGGGAGAGAAGACCCUGUCGAAAUGUCAAUAUCAGUACACUCGGCUUCUAGCACCUGAUUUUGAUACCGUCCAGCUAACACCGGAAGAGGCAUUGAUAAUGUCCGCGGUAGAGGAAACCCUCGGAAACAUUUGUCUGUGGGUAGUCACUGCCGGCCUGGCAAUAGAGCGAGAAUGGCUCGAUCGAUUUGAACGACUCCAGUAUUCUUCACCAGGCACCAAAUCUUUUACCGCUUUGGUCAGUCGACUUAAUUCCUGGCAGACAGGUCUCGAAGAACUUAUGGCCUGGCUAGGAUGGGUUGAUCAAUGGACAUACUGCAAAGACGGCUGUGCGCAAGACGAAAUCUGA